UGCAAUACCUGAGUUGGCAAGUGUUAGAAAACUUUAUUCAUACAGAAGUUUUUGUAGUGUUCACACGCGGCCGACUAAAUAUUCAGUUUAUGAUUAUAUUGCUGAUUGCCUAAGAAGAUUUUAAGGAUUCGAGACGUUGUGGUAGUACGUUUCAAAAUCCAAGAUGACUUUAAAUCACCUACCUAAACCGAAGAUGUUUUUAUAUUACAUCAUAUUGAGUUUAUUUGGGACAAAUAUGGUGCUGGCCAUAGAUACAGAUGUGGUCGUGUUGCGGGCAGUGCGCGGUCAGGAUGCGCGUCUCCCGUGCGGACAAGGCAGAGUAUUCUUAGAUGGACCCGAAUCAUAUAUACUGUGGCUGAAGAACGAUAAAGAUUUUUUAUAUAGAUAUCCGAAUGAUGAAUCCGAAAAGAGAUCAGUGAAUCACGAUAAUUUCUUCGUUCCUUCGUGUGACGGUGGUGUUUGCCCCGAGGACACGUCGCUGUUGCUGAAACACAUAAGCGACCAAGAUGGCGGCAUAUACAGAUGCAGGGUCCACUACCAAGCCUCGCCCGCAAUCGACUAUGUCAUCGAAGUACGCCUUGUUGAUUCUCCUGGAACUCCCAAGAUAUACAACGAAGAAGGAGAAGAGAUCAAGAAUGCUUACGUUGGCCCUCUCAAUAUUGGAGCUGAUCUCACACUCAUAUGUGAAGUCAAUGAUGAACAACCGGACACACUGGUCUACUGGCGAAGGAACGGCGUUGUGAUCGAGCGUGCGCAUACGGCGCGCCCGGGUGUGUUGCGCGCCGAAGUACACGCGAAAAACAUAACGCGCUCCGAACUUGACGCGCAUUACGAGUGCUUGGCGCAAAACGCUGACGUCACCGAACCACUGAGCGCGAGUCUGCUUGUGAAAAUGUACUUACCUCCUACCCGUGUUGAAAUUCGUUUAAACAAUAAUUACGACUUCGAAGCCGGCCAGCCACGUGUGGUCGACUGCGUCGUGGUGGGUUGCGUCCCGCCACCAUCCAUCACAUGGCACCUCGGAGAGUCAGUGCUGAGACCUAGCACACACAAAGAACUUCACGAUGGUAAUUUUACUGUCUCUUCUUUGACUGUGGCGCCCUCUCUGAAGGAUAAUAAACAUGAUUUAGUGUGCCGAGCUCACAACUCACACUUGGAGGAGGUAUUUGAGGACAAAGUUACUUUAAACGUUGGAUAUCGUCCCAUCUGCCUUACAACACGCGAGGAAACCGUCGGAAUAAUGCCACGGGAGGCGGAGACGGUCACGUGCGUCGUCGAUGCUUCUCCAGAACCUCUGCAAUUCAGCUGGACUUUCUCUGACUCCAGGACAUUGUACACUACUAUAAGGAAGAUACCUGGCAAUCACAACCGGUACUCCUCGACCCUGACUUGGCUGCCUCGCGACGGUGACAUCGGUUUGCUACUGUGUCGAGCAACCAACGCUUUCGGAGAGCAGAAGAGACCAUGCAGUUACACCAUAUCGCCUGGAGGACCACCGAACACCCCGGAAUGUGACGUGCUGAAGGCUUUCCCGAACACUUUGAGAGUCCAGUGUAAGAAAGGCUGGGAUGGAGGCAGGGCCCAAACAGUACACUUGGAACUCUUAUCAGAAGACGGAACACUGCUGCAGAACGUGUCUGACCCAGCGGGUCACUUCCAACUGCCCAACAUGGAAGAUGAUCAAAAUGUAACCGCUGUAGUGUACGCCAGUAACAUCAGAGGUCGCAGCGACGUCAAAACCAUGCCGUUGAACUCCUACAAACCACUCAAUUCUUCAGCCAUUUACGACGACGAAGAGGGCCAAAGCGACUGGAGCGUAAUGUGGCAGGCGAUCGCAGGGGCAGCCUCAAUCAGUGCCGCUCUGGUGGUUAUGAGUUUCUGCUACAAGACGAUCAAAGAACGUAGAGACAGACGGCUGCCUAGCCCUGACUUGGUGCCGCGAGCGGAUGGAUUGUUCCACCGCGAACCAGAUUUUGCUCGCGAUGAUAGAGUAUUGGGCACCACCAAUAUCACAGUGAAUCAACUGUCAUCGUGUCAAAAUCAAAACCCGGCAACUCCAUUGCCAUCGUGCCGGGUCUUGGUGGGUUGCAGCCACGCGGCGCCACAGGAGCCCUAUCCAACUGCACAGCGCUCGUUCUACGUUUAAACAGCAAUGUACAAACGUUUAGACAGCAAUGUCCAAUGUUAUAAAUAUAUAAUGUAGAAAGUGUAUUAGAAAUACACAAUUGUAGAUUAAA